GGGAAAUAUUUUUUUCAAAAAUAAAAUAUAUAGGCGCUGAAUUUGUUCUGGUUUUCUCAAAAUUUCUCAUUCCCGCCCACUAUUUGUAUCUCCAGAAGAGCUAAGCUGCCAUGAAACCGAGCCGAUGUAUGAAGAGAAAGGCAGGUGAUGUUCAUGAAAAAUACAGUGACAAGGAGAAUGUAGCAUCAAAGAAAGCAACAUGUAGGAUUGGUCGACAGAAUCUGAAAGCAGCAGGGGAAUGUAGAAAUCUUUCAGCUGGGGAAAAUGAUGUGACUUUGCCCUUACAAGCUGCUAAGGUGUCUUGUCAAAAGCUUCCAGGAAGGACAACGUGUUCCCCUGCAACAAAAGGGGGUGCCGCAGAAGGGAGUCAACAGCUUAAUUCUUAUAAAAAGAUUAAGCUACAGCUUUUUCCAAUAAAUAGAAGUACCCGACAGAGAUUGGAGAAGGAUGGCUGCAACCCGUUCCAGGAACUCACUUUAAGUGCUCAGAAGAAGAUAUCAUCAGUGAUUAAGCACCUUAAUACAAAAUGGAGUUCUACGAGUUUGGGGUUAGGGGUGCUCCUUCUAUUCCCCUAUGAUACUAAUACAGAAAACAUAACAUCGCAGAAAAGAUGGAGCUCUAAAGAUACCAAUGUUUCUGCAGGAGAAGUGCAUGCAGCAAUAGGAAGUCCUGCCAUUUUUCGCUUAAGGUAUGACUGGUUUUCUGAUCUUAAGCUCAAGGCUUUUGAGGUACCUGAUAUCUCCCAGCCUUCCGCUAUGCAUUCACAAUCAAGGGGUAAUAAGAGAAUCUUUGCUGCUGCAAUGGACACAGCAAAUGACAGAGUGGAGGGAGCUAAGUUGAAAAAUGAAGAGCUUUUUGAACCAAUCUGCAAAAAUGAGCAUGCAAAUGUAACUGAGAAUCAGAAUAUGGCUUUGAACAUACCGGUUGAUCACAUGGUUGAUGAAGUAACAAAGCAGAAUGUCCUUUCAAAGAUGGAGAAUCCGUGGAAUGAUAUUUUGACCAACCUAAGCAUUGGAGGAUUGUUUUCUGAGGCAUCUAUGCCAGGAAAGACCAGCAACUCAGAAAAUAAAUUGGAUUUGCAGCCAAUCCAGUUGGUUUCUGAUAUUAGUACUGGAGCUUUGCUGGCUGAAGCGUCUUUGCAGGGUAAGUUGUCUACUGAAAUGAAGCAAGAAAACAGAGUGGAUUUGGAGCCACCGCCAUUUAGUUCUUAUUUUAGCACAGGAAACUUCCUUUCUGAAGCAUCUUCUCAGGGAAAGAUUAGUGAUUUCAAUUUAGCUUCGAAAAAAACAUCUGGAUGGAAAGAAACUUCAGAGUGUGGUCACCACAUUGACUCAAAAUUUUCCUGGGAUUUUAAUUUCACUAACUUGAGCAUUGGAGGAUUUCUGUCUGAGGUAUCCCUGCUGGAGAAAGUAAAAAAACAUGACCAAAGAAAUGAGGACAAACCAAGCUCGCAGGAUGCGUUUGUUGCUGCAUGCAUGAAUUCACAACGUGAAAUUUCCAAGUCAUUACCUCAUGAAUCGCACUCGUCUAUCUUGGAUGCUGAAGAGACAUGCCAUGCAUUUCCAGUGCGUAAAGCUUCAUCAGGAAAUGGAAACGCCAUAAGUUUGUGUGGAACAGCUGGUCCUGACAAUUCAAGAUCUUUCAGGAUUCCAUCAUCCUCUAAUGCUGCUGAGGAUCAAUCAUCUCAGCAACCAAAGACAACACUCUUUUCUCGUUCAUGGGUUGUUCUCAAUGAAGACAGCAGCCUUGGGCUGAAGGGCAACAUCAAAUGGGAAGACUCUUUGGGACCAUUUGAUCUCGGACAGCCCAUUUUGAGACCCGUUAGCGGUGGGGACAAUGUUAGCCUCAGUGAGUUCGUUAAAUAACAAACUGUAGAGUCUUGAAUUGAAUACCAUAAACAGAAGAAAAUUCUCCUCAGCUCGAGGAUCAAAUUCUUGAUCAGUUGAAAGUAAAAAUGAUGCUCUGAAUUGUUCAUAAAAAGUUCUAAAAUUAUCUUGUGAUUACAUACAUUUGUAUUGUUGUGUGUAAUAUAGCCUUAAUUUAUGCUUUUCAUUUUCUUCACCAUCUCAAGGCAAAGGAUUUUGUAGUAUUUUCUUAUGGUAUUAAGAGAAAUUUGUUUGAACAUGCAA